CUGGCCGAGCGGGGACCUCGCAGCCUCACAUGCCCCCCCCCCCCCCGCGGCUCCCGGGGCGGAGCCGCGUCCCCACCGCAGCCGGCACCUGCGCCCGCCCCGCUACCUGCCCCAAAGAGCAGCCCCCUCCUCCCCAGCGUCCCCCCGAGCAUCUGCCGCCGGAGCGUGGGGCAGCCACCGCAGCCGCCCAUCGCCAGGGCCGCCCGGCUGCGCGGGCGGGGGGAGCUCGGGGAAGUGAAGAUUUCACCGCUGGGGGGGGGGGGGGGGGGCCGCAAAGUGUGUUGCCGAGCCCGAGCCCGAGCCCUGAGGGGAGGGGGAGCCCCUCCCCCCCCGCCUCGCCUCAGCCGGGCUGCGCCGGAGCAGCAGCAGCCCCCGCGUUGCGAGCCAGCCCCGUGCCAUGCCGCUGAGCGGCCGCCGCCAGCUCCGUGCCACGCUCUCCUCCCGCUGCUGCUGCGCGGGGAGCCCGGCCGGCGCCGCAUGGAGCAGCUGAAGCCUUCGCCCAGGGGACUCGGGAGACCCGGCUAAGCCGCCCAGCAGAGGGGCGGCCGCGGCUGGCGCUGCCCGAGCCCGGGCUGGGGGGGGGGAGGAGGAGGAGGAGGAAGGGGGCGCGCUGCUGCUGCUGCCCAGCAUGAACUGAGCUCGGCCCCGCCGCCUCCCCGCACAGCCGCCCGGGAGGCUUUGCGAGCCGAGCUGGGGGGCAGGCUUUGAAGCCCAGAUGCCUCUGGGGCUUCGCGGCGCGGCGCGGCUGCUCGUGCUGGCACCGGGCGCGGCAUCGCCCCCCGCGCUGCCGCCGACGCGCUCGCCGGAGGCUCGCUCCGUGGCGCACAGGGAGAGCGAAGGCGGCGGCGGCGGCGGCAGCGGCUGCUAACCCGGCGCAGCGGGUCCUAAUGCCUGUCCCUUCCCGGGACGCGCUGGCGGCGGCAGCAGGCGAAAGCCCCCGGAGCCCGGCUCAGGUGUGCCUGGCCUCUCCCGCAAUCUGAUUGGAUCAAGCUGGGCUUCCGCGUGGCCAGGGCUCUUGGGAACCAUGGGUUACUGCAGCGGCAGGUGCACGCUGAUCUUUGUCUGUGGCAUGCAACUGGUUUGUGUGCUGGAGAGGCAGAUAUUUGACUUCCUUGGUUAUCAGUGGGCACCAAUCCUGGCAAAUUUUGUGCACAUUAUUAUAGUCAUACUUGGCUUAUUUGGAACCAUCCAAUAUAGACCUCGCUACAUAACAGGAUAUGCUGUCUGGCUAGUCUUCUGGGUCACAUGGAAUGUGUUUGUUAUCUGCUUCUACUUGGAGGCUGGGGAUCUUUCAAAGGAAACAGAUCUUAUUCUGACCUUUAAUAUCUCAAUGCACCGUUCUUGGUGGAUGGAGAAUGGCCCAGGCUGUACAGUGACAUCUGUGACUCCAGCCCCAGAAUGGGCACCAGAGGAUCAUCGUUACAUCACUGUCUCAGGGUGUUUGCUUGAAUACCAGUAUAUAGAAGUGGCUCACAGCUCCCUUCAGAUCUUCCUUGCACUGGCAGGGUUCAUCUAUGCCUGUUAUGUUGUGAAAUGUAUUACUGAAGAAGAGGACAGCUUUGAUUUCAUAGGUGGAUUUGACUCUUACGGCUAUCAAGGCCCACAGAAGACAUCGCAUUUACAGCUACAGCCCAUGUAUAUGCUCAGCACUGAACUAGAGGAAAGAGCACCACCUAUUGAAUCAGCAACAGCACUUCCAGCAGCAUUGAGCACUUCCUUGGAGGUCCCCUAUCCAUCCCAGUGCUGCUUAGUUUCUGAAAUCUUCCAGGAUCACAGCACAAAGCGGUCAAAAUGAACAAGGUGACUUCUGUGUGGGGCUGAAGGACCUUU